AUGACAGAAACGGUCAGCUGUGACAAGAACAAGGCAAAUAUUAUUUCCGGUCCUAAUUCUGUUUUCUCCGAAGUGCUUCCAACGGAAUCUACUGAUGUACAGCUUUCUGAACAAUCUGACAAGGGAAUGUCCACAACUGAACAACAAAUUGAUGCAAGCACUAAUUUAAUAGCUGAAAAUAAUGGACUUUUAAAAGCGCAAGUGCCUCCAGUAUCAGAUAAUACAGAAAACUUGGAUACUGUACCCCCAACAGUGGAAGAAGAUAAAACUCAGCCAGAGUCAACCCCAAGUGUUGAUCUUGCAUUACCUGUGGCUAGCAAUGUAGACCCUGUUCCAGUGGAAACUGUGGACUCGACCAAAACUACCGAUUUCCUUGACCGUGCAUUGGCAGGAGAAGACUUGGCAUUCUCUUCUGACGAGGAGCAGGAAAGCAAAACAGCCGAUAGUCUAAGCUCAGAGCUUAAAUCAGCUGAUUCUGAUACAGCCUCGGAAAUGGAUGAACAAUCGGAGUCGGAAGAAGACUCGGAAAGCCAAUCCAGCUCAUCUUCAGGCUCAGAUUCCGAAUCUGACUCGGAUGACGAUAAUGACAACGCCUCAAAACAAAAGAAGGAUGCUAAUAUUGAUCUCAGCGAUGAGGAAGAUAAUGAUCAGAGUGGCCCUUUAAAAACGAAGAAUGAGAUAUUGGACGUACCAGCACCCACAGUCCCGACUGAUUUUCAUCUGACUGCUGACAUGCCUAUCCAGUAUGUUGGUGAACUGACACAGGUGGUAGAAAAAACAGCAAUCAUCAAAGCAGCGAUGUCCGGAGAGUUUCGUAUCCUUGGCGACGAUUCGAUAUUUUGCUUUGAAGAUCGACAACUUCUGGGAGUUUUGUUCGAAACUUUUGGACGUGUACAAGCACCUGUGUAUUCGGUAAAGUUCAAUUCUGAAGAAGAGGUAAAGUCACUCUUGCCAAGAAAAGGUCAAAAGGUUUACUAUGUUGUUCCUGCCUCAUCAUUUGUCCUGACUGAAACCGUACGGGCUGUAAAGGGUUCAGAUGCAAGUAAUUGGCAUGACGAAGAAGUUUCGGAACGUGAGCGAGAUUUCUCCGAUGACGAGAAGGAGCAAGAAAGCAAACAGCAAAAUAAAAAGAAGAGAAAGAGACAGCAUAAAGCGAAGGAGCGUGAUGAAAAUGCACCUCCUUCUCCAAAGAAUCAUAGCGGAGAAUCUGGCCACCGGUCAAGAGAUUUCAAGCCAAAUAAUACUCAGCAUAAUUGGCAGAAUCGUAGAAAUCCACCACAUCAGAACUCUAGUCAUGGAAAUUCAUAUCCUGGACACAUGCCCCCAUAUCCUCAAGCACCGUCACAACAAUAUUUUCCACCUAUGCCAUGGCUACCCAACCAGUAUGCUCCGCAUCAGUUCAAUUACGGAUUCCCUGUUCCGCCACCACUACCAGGAAUGCCAGGUAUGCCAGGUUUGCCAGGUAUGCCAGGAAUGCCAGGUAUGCCAAGUAUGCCAGGUAUGCCAAACAUGCCAGGCAUGCCAAAUAUGACCAAUGUACCAAUGAUGCCCCCUAUGAUGUCGCACCUUUCUAAUCAAUAUCAAGCACAGCAAGGACAGCAGGGACAACAGAGACCACGUCCUUCGGACAAUCAGAAUCGCCCAUCAGGAAACACGAGUGGUCUUCCCUAUGGAUACGACGAACCUUAUGUACCAUAA